UUUCUCCACCGCUGCUGUGCCUGAACAAAAAAAAAGACGCCGGCAUAAAAAAAUUUGUUAAACUGAAUUAAAGCCGCCGGAAACCAGAAAAAAUGUCGUUCAAGGGCAAUCCCAAGGUGCAGAAGGUGAUGGUGCAGCCCAUCAACCUGAUCUUCCGGUACCUGCAGAACCGUUCCCGCGUGCAGGUCUGGCUGUACGAGAACAUAUCGCUGCGCAUCGAGGGGCACAUCGUGGGAUUCGACGAGUAUAUGAAUCUGGUGCUAGACGAUGCAGAGGAGGUCUACGUGAAGACCCGCCAACGCAGGAAUCUGGGAAGGAUCAUGCUCAAGGGCGACAACAUCACGCUCAUACAGAACGUCAGUCCCACAAAGGACUAGGGACACAGCCCCUAUCCUGCCAAUUCCACCUGCGACAGCUGCACGUCAUAAAUAUAAGUUAAAUAAAUGUAAAGCCGAAAUCUGAAGACGAAUGUUCAAAUAAAAAGGUAGACUUUCUUAAA